AUGAUUAAAUUAUUUAAAGAAGAAGGUAAAACAAUAACAGCAUGGGACGUACUACUAAAUCAAUUGUCUUCAUUAACCGUUAAGGGUGUUUGCUUUAAAUCUGAUUCUCCAGAUGUUUUCUCAACGUUUCAAGGUUAUAAAUACAACGUUCUCGAAAAGCCAGAUUACUCAAAAAUUGAGAUGUUUAUGAAUUUCAUUAAAGAAGCCAUUUGUGAUAAUAACGAUGAAGUGUAUAAAUACCUUCUCGGCUGGAUUGCAUCAAUGAUUCAACAUCCUGGAAUCAAGAAUGAAACAGCAAUUAUUUUGAAAGGACUUCAGGGAACAGGUAAAAACAGAUUUACAGACAUUAUUUCUGAACUUCUCGCUGGUUAUUCAUGUAAAAACAUUACCGAAAUAGGUGAGCUAACGGGUAAUUUCAACUCAGUAGUUGAGAAUAAAAUGUUUCUUGUACUUAAUGAACUCAAGAAUGUUGGUGAAGACAGACUCGCAAACUUCAACGCUUUGAAAUCAAUUAUAACGGAUAAUGAGAUAAGAAUUAAUGAAAAGAAUCAACCCAGAAGAACUGCUCAGAAUGUUGCAAACUUCAUUUUCGUAACUAAUAACGUUUACCCUGUCAAAAUUGAAGUUGGAGACAGAAGAUACGUAGUUUUAAGAGUUAAUGGUAAAUUUAAGGGUCAAUUUGAUUAUUUCAAGAAUUUAAUGAAUUCAUGCACAAAGGAAUUUUAUGAUAAUUUACUGACGUAUUUUAUGCAAUAUGACCUUUCAUCAUUUAAUGUACGAAUCAUACCGAUGACUGAAGCCAAACAAGAUUUAAUCGAGUUAUCAACAAAUCCUUUAGAUGUAUGGAUAAAUACACAUUAUGAUGAAUUGUGUGCAGGUAUGACGUGUAAAAAUGCUCUAUUCUGCAAACCAUCAGACAUGAAAGACAAGAAUUUCCAAAUGAGCAUUAAGGAUAAAUGUGAUAGGAAACAGAGAAGAAUAGAUGGUAAACAAACAUGGUGUUAUGUUUUGAAAGAAGAAAUGAAAGGAUUAUAUAAACAGGUUGAACCAAACGAUAAUGAGGAUUCAUUUACUGACGAUGAAAUACCUGUAAAUGAAGCUUUAUAA